AUGACGACGACGACGGGCGUGAAAGGAUUUUUUAAAGGCCUUCGCCACAUCACUCAGAUUUUCGAGGAAGGUAAAGAGCGUGAUAUUCAGAUUGGGUUUCCCACCGAUGUAAAACAUGUCGCCCACAUUGGAUCCGAUGGUCCCGCAUCAAAUGCACCAAGCUGGAUGAGUGACUUCAACUCUCAAGGAAAUGAGAAUGCUCAAGUAGUUUCUCGACGAGAUGCCAACAACAAUCCAACAGGAGAAGGAGUUGGAUUACAAGAGUUGCUGCCUCCUCCCGAGAAACAAAAGCUCAAGAAGACAAGGCGUAAAUCCGAGUCACAUCACGGUUCUCCUCCUAGGCGAAACAGCAACGUGUUACCAUCUGAACUGGUACCAAGACCCUCGAGACGUCACCACAGGAGCAGGCACGCGUCGUUAGAUUCAUCUAAUGAUCCAUCCCUCAGGAGGAGGCGUGUUAUUGUCUCGGCUAACGACGAGGAAGGUUCUAAUCAUCUUUCAGACAGCUCUUCUGCUUCUCAUAGAAAGUCUUCGUCGUCGCGUCAUAGGAAGGUGAAAGGAUCAGGAGGAGGAGAAGUGUCCGGGAGGAAGACCAAAGCUAAACCGGAGAAGUCUACUGUUCAAUCAGACGGCAUAUGUAAUGAUAAUAACACCAGCGACAAAGACUAA